AAAAGACAGAGGGAAAAGGAAGAAGAGAAGAAAAUUUUGAGUGGGUGAGGAGAGUUUGCGAUAAGAGACGUCUUCUACUUUGUCUAUAAUUACAGUAAGCACUUUUGCAAAACAAAACUAAAACUUCUGGAGAAUUUUCGGACACUAACGGGUCAAACCUUUUUACUUGUCGUUUGAUUAAAUUAAUUGUUUGAAAAUCUCCUUCUUCCUCCUCAUCAGUCUCACCGUGUCUGUUCUUAGAUAGAGCGAGCGAAAGGAAAAGCAUUACUGUUUAACCGCAAAGUUGGGAUUUUGAUUCAUCUUAUUGAGGAAUAAACAGAGUAAACAAAAUUCUCUUCCAAGAGGAGGAGAAAAGUUGAGAUUUUUCCACCUCUCAUCUCAAGAAGCUCGAGUAUGUCUUCUGUAGCAGUGUUAUGGGUUGCUUCCUCUUCUCCUAAUCCAGACCCGAUGAACACUUGUGGGUUGGUAAGGGCUGUAGAGUCUUCUAGAGUUCUCUCUCGUUGUCAGAAUCAGAGAAUGGACAAUGGUAGGAGGAAGCAAACAACAAAAACGUGGACCUCUUCUUCUUCUUCCUCUCUAAUGAGCUACAGAAGGAAUGUUGUGUCUUCGAGCGUAGUAGCAAGUCAUGCAGGAGAGAUAGCACUCUCAUCUGAAGAGAAGGUUUACAACGUUGUGCUUAGACAAGCGGCUUUGGUUAACAAACAGCUCAGGUCUACUUCUCCUGAACUUGAUGAUGUGAAGAAACCACGGGAUAUUGUUCUCCCUGGGAGUUUGAGUUUGUUGGGUGAAGCUUAUGAUCGUUGCGGCGAAGUUUGCGCUGAAUAUGCUAAAACCUUUUAUCUUGGAACUUUGCUUAUGACACCAGAGAGGCGAAAGGCGAUUUGGGCUAUAUACGUUUGGUGCAGAAGAACUGAUGAGCUGGUAGAUGGGCCUAAUGCAUCACACAUAACUCCCAUGGCGUUAGAUAGAUGGGAAGCAAGGCUAGAAGAUCUAUUCCGUGGCCGUCCAUUCGAUAUGCUUGAUGCUGCUCUCGCUGAUACCGUUGCUAGAUACCCUGUCGAUAUUCAGCCAUUUAGAGACAUGAUCGAAGGAAUGAGAAUGGAUUUGAGGAAGUCCAGAUACAAGAACUUUGAUGAUCUCUACCUUUACUGCUACUAUGUAGCCGGAACCGUCGGUUUGAUGAGCGUUCCGGUUAUGGGAAUCGAUCCCAAGUCCAAAGCAACGACCGAGAGUGUUUACAACGCUGCCUUGGCUCUCGGUAUAGCUAAUCAGCUUACCAACAUACUCAGAGACGUUGGCGAAGAUGCAAGAAGAGGAAGAGUUUAUCUGCCCCAAGAUGAGUUAGCUCAAGCUGGUCUCUCAGAUGAAGACAUAUUCGCGGGAAAAGUCACUGAUAAAUGGAGGAACUUCAUGAAAAUGCAGCUUAAGCGAGCAAGAAUGUUCUUUGACGAAGCUGAGAAAGGCAUUACUGAGCUGGACGCUGCUAGCAGAUGGCCGGUAUGGGCGUCGCUCCUAUUGUACAGGAGAAUAUUGGACGAGAUUGAAGCGAAUGAUUACAACAACUUUACGAAGAGAGCUUAUGUGGGGAAAGCCAAGAAAAUUGCAGCUCUGCCAUUGGCUUAUGCUAAAUCAGUACUAAAGACUCCAAGUUCAAGAGGAACAACUUAAGAGGGCUUUUGUGAUUAAAGGAAAAGCUUAGGGUCGAAUUUAUGAUGUUAAUUAAUAUAUAUACAUAUAAAUGGCCAAAUAAAAUUCUUAUUUCUCUAUGUAAAAAGUAAAAAAAAAUAUUUUAUUUCUCUUGGCUACUGAAGAAAUAGGAAUAUUUUGGUUGGAGAGCUA